CUGACAUUUGGGGGAUAUCUGUACCGUCCUGACAUUUGGGGGGAUAUCUGUACUGUCCUGACAUUUGGGGGAUAUCUGUACCGUCCUGACAUUUGGGGGGAUAUCUGUACUGUCCUGACAUUUGGGGGAUAUCUGUACCAUCCUGACAUUUGGGGGAUAUCUGUGCCGUCCUGACAUUUGGGGGAUAUCUGUGCCGUCCUGACAUUUGGGGGAUAUCUGUACCGUCCUGACAUUUGGGGGGAUAUCUGUACUGUCCUGACAUUUGGGGGAUAUCUGUACCGUCCUGACAUUUGGGGGAUAUCUGUACUGUCCUGACAUUUGGGGGAUAUCUGUACCAUCCUGACAUUUGGGGGAUAUCUGUGCCGUCCUGACAUUUGGGGGGAUAUCUGU